GUUGCUAAAGAGAGGAAGCAAAAUUUGAAAUGGCGAGUUUUAAAAUCCGUAAUUUACUGUUUCUACUUCUGCUUAUUACAGUACAGGAAUGCAGAUCUUCAAAAUGCAAACAAGUUACCACGCCAAUGUGCAGCGACAUAAUUCGCUACCCGGUUCUUAUGCCCAACAUGUUCGGACAUAGAAGCCAAGAUGAAGCAAAUCAUGUUAUUCAACAAUAUAAACCAUUAAUAUCGGUCGCGUGUUCACCAUUUCUGAAGCCGUUUCUGUGUAGUGCUUACUUUUCUCCUUGUACGUCUGGACAGCCUGGAGAAAAAAGAAAGCUACCCUGCAGAUCGCUUUGCAAAAAUGCAAGCGCUGGUUGCUUAACCCUUAUGAGAAGUUUCGGAUUCGAAUGGCCAAAAGAUUUGAGGUGCGAUCGUUUUCCCGAACAGAGUCCAACUUCACGCUGCAUUCCUCCAGAAUCAUUUGGUUUAUAAGUUCGUAUAUAUGGUCAAGUGGGAGAAUUGAAUACAGCAGCAACGUGUAAAACACAGAAACAAUUCGAUUACACAUCACCGAAUUUAAGCAUAGCCGAUGCAUCACAUAUAAUAUCAAUGUAAAUGUAACAUCUGAACAUUGUUUAAUAAAGGUAACUUC